AAAACUUAUGAUCUUAAUAGAUAAUUGAAGUUUAAUUUGCCCUCACACUUCUUAAAAACUCGUUAUGGUAAUUCAUAUGAGGACUUGGUUGAGUAGGUGAGCAUUUGGAAUGAACCAUUCUUUCAAGAAAAGUCGAAAAGAAUCAAGGUCUUCAGAUUACUUAGUUUGUGGUGCGGAAAAUCGGGAAACCUAACCCCUAACAAACCAAUCAAUGAAUCCUGACCCGUCUUGAACCACAUUCCGCCCCCGUUCGUCCAAUAAAAUAGUUUUGCUCGGAUUUCGGUUACUAGUCAAAGGGACCGCACAGCUGUUUCGCUCAUCGCUUAUUCAUGAUUGAUUGUUUGGAUUGUUUUCAUUAAUUACCAUGCACGAAUAUGGCAAGGGCGCUCCGGGAACACCUCAAUCCACUCACAGAGCUGUCAAAUAUUUCUCGUUGAUGCGCAGGCGAAUGACCUCGAAGGACAUGACAACGUAUUCAAAACUAACUCUGCUCUUGGCUUUACUUCUCUAGCUUCUCACGCAACAUACAUACGUGUAACUUUUAAGGUAUUUGGAGAACAUUCGGUACACUAACAAGCACUUCAAAGAUGGGUUCUAUUCGCAUACUUCACGUGGUUUGUUUAUUGAGCUUGAUGUUGAGAGCAUGGCGCGCAGAUUGCCAGACUUCGCAAUUGACUUGUUCAGGACAUCUUGGAGCAAACGGGUUAUCGAAUCCUCAAACGCCUAUAAAAGGGAAGGAGCCACAAGUUUGUGUCAGUGAGACAACAUGCUGUACGAGACAAACGGAAGACUCUCUGCGGGUUCGAGCAGCGAAGAAUUUAAAGACUCUCCUGCAAACUGACUACGUGGCUGCUAAGAGUUCGCUGUUGUCUCUUUAUGACGAUUUGAAAGAUUAUUUUCAAGAUGUCAUUCAAGAGGGUCAACGCCAAAGUGCUCUUUUUCUGCUCAAUACUCAGAAAAAUCUUACCACAGCAGAGGCAAAUGUAAUAUCAACUUUCUUCAAGGACCUUCAAAACUAUGUGGUUGAUGACAAAGUGGAGUUGCAAGACAUUGUGGAUACUUUCUUUCGAAAUUCUUUUCCACUGGUUCUUGAGCGCAUGAACCCAGCAGGAAAGACUGUUUCGAGUGGGUACAAACAGUGUUUAAAAACUAGCAUUGAUUCAAUACAACCAUUUGGGAAACGUCCAGCUCAGUUAGUGGCCAGGUUUGAGCAGAUCUUUGAGCCAGUGCACUAUCUUUUAAGCACCUUAAAGUUUGGAAUAGAAGUGUUGAAUAUGGCGCAGAAAUUUAACUUAACAACUGGGUGCAAAAAUGUACUUUUGCAGAUGAAAUUCUGUUCAAUGUGCCAGGGUCUUGACAAAGUGAAACCAUGUCUCAGGUUUUGUAUAGAUACUGUCAGUAACUGUCUGACGUCUGAAAUUGAGCUUCAGGCAGAGUGGAGAAGCUUAAUUGGCACUGUUUUCUUGCUUAUGGAAAGUAUUGGAAAAUCUGAGUUGGAGGACUUUUCAAACUCUAUUUACAAGGAGUUGUGGAAUGCUGCAACAUAUGUGAUAGUACAGAAGGCUAAUGUCAUGUCACAGGCUUUGGACAAAUGUGGGAUACCAACAUAUAUUGACGCUCAAGCAUCAGAAGAAUCUCAGAAUGCAAAGUCUGUGUCGUCAGAACCAUAUGUGGAAGUACGGCUUUUUGCCAAAAUGGAGGAAGUUAAAAUGCAAGUGGAUGCUCUUAGUCCUUUUUUCCAAGAGUUACCCCAGGAGUUGUGUGUGAAGGAUGAACUUGCUGCUAAACAAACACACGUUGAUAACUGUUGGAAUGGCAAAUCUGUUGGAAAAUAUCCAGGUUUAGAUACAAAGCCAGGGGCUUUCCAGCCAUCAUCAGAGGAUGUGAACUAUUUGAAAAUGCUGAUGGGGAAGAUACAAGACAGAAAUCGCUUAAUCAAGAAGUUCAUUGUUGAGAGAGAUGAUGAGGAGGAUGAUGAAAGUGGCAGUAGCAGUGGAAGUGCUGAAAAUAACAUAAAUGAAAGUGGGUGUGGGGAAGAUGACGAAGACUGUGGUAGUUCAAGUGGGAAUGGGAAAAACCCCGAAAACAGAAACGAGAUUCCAGAUAACGAUGAAGACUUUGAUUUUGUUUCAACAACGAAAUCAAGCAAUGAAGUUGGUGAGAGUCAAGGUGGAGGUGUUCACACCAGCCCAAACACAGGCAAUGUAUUACAACGUGGAAACUCAUCUUCAACUCUUACAGGUCCCUUGCUUCAUUUGCUAGCUCUGUCAUUAUUUGUAGCCCUCAUAGGAAAGUAACAGGCUAAUGCAUGAGUCAGCAGUUUUUUUUUUUGUUUUUUUUGUUUUUCUCUAAAAGGGUAAUAAGUAACUUAAUAAAGUUCGUACUUCUGGAAAGUAUUCUGUGGAGUAUUAGACCACCAGAGCAAAAAAUUCUUUUAGUGGCUGAGGUAUUCAAUAUCAUUGGAUUUCAAUCUUAAAUAUUUUAAAGUGAUUAUUUGUCUUAGAUUAGCUUAACUGACAGUCACUUGUAGAAUAUGACAGUAAAAUAGUUGUUCCAGUAUAAAUAGUUUCUAUCAUGCAAAUGAUACAUUAUUUAUUUCUCCAACAAAAAUGAGAUAGAGAUUUCCUUUUUAAAUACUCUGAGGGAUAAUAAUAACUACCUAUCAGUAAAUGAACAGUAGUAACAUAAUGCAAGUGAUAAUUAAACUGUCAGACUUACAGUAGGCCAUGACAAAAAAAAUCCAGUAAUACUUUAGUCUUUGGCAUAUUUCUGAGGUUGUUUCCUGACAAAUCUUUUUUAAGUACUCUGGACUUCCACAAGUGAUAAUGAUGAUAAUCCGUUUGUUACAACUUACGACAUUGAAUCUUCUUGAAUGACUUUCGCCAGUGGUUGCACUGAGAAACACCAAAUACAAUGAGCAAUAAUAUUAUUGUUAUUAGAGCUCUUCAGGUUAUUAUCAAAGAAAAACUGAAUUCCCUGAUCACCUAAGGUGAUUCCUCAAAAAGAAAAGUUGUGGGAUGAUUUUUUUUAACUUUGCCUGAAAUUCAGCAAAUAUGUACUCUACGAAGCACUGUUUCAAAUAUUGAAAUCUAGUGGUAUUAAACAAAGUCAUUCUCUCAGACACUGAGAACUGGUAAUCAAAAAUGGGAGGAGUCAGUGAUUCUUUGCUAAUAACAAUGAUAAUGAUGAUUUGUAGUCACAGGCAUGCAUCACAUUACAGGCCUGAAGUUCAGCUGACCCCACAAGACUGAUGGAUUAAGCAUUGUGUAUGUCACUGUUAGAAAACAAGCUAGACAUAAUGGGAAAAGUUUAGCUGAUUAAUAUUUAAGUUAAUUUUCAACACAGUCAACCUGGAUAUUCUUGGGUUUUGUAUCUGAUGCCACUACGGAUGACUGUGCACUUGUUUGUAAGCCAUCUGGCCUGGGUGUUUUGAAAGGUGGAUAACACUAUCUACGGGAUAAGUCACUAUCAAGUGGAUAGCAUGGUUUGUUUUGUUAACACUUUUCCUCUGGAUAGCAAUUUAUCGGAUGGAUAGUUUUAUCCAACCUUCGAACAACUGGGACCAGAAAUAUUAGUCCUAAGCCAAUUGUUUCUGAAGAGCUUGAUAAAUGGUCUAAUGGCUCUUAAGCUAUAAUUUUAUGCACUGAUCUGUAUUCAAAAGUGCUUUUAUGACCGGUCAUAGAGAAAAUGUGAUUCAGCCUCCAUGGGAAAACAGCAAAGAUGUGUUGUUGUACCAGUAUUUAUUGAGGAACAUUAUAUUUAGACAAAAUACUGUCUACCCCAACUUACAGGUUAGAAUUAUGGGUUUUCUGUGAUCAGAUGUUUGGUGUCUUCAAACAUUUUUUUUCUUUCUUUUUUUUUUUUUUUCUUUUUCAAUCAUUAUAUUUUUUUAAUGCUUUUUGGAUGAUUUUGUAACAUUUUCUCUGGUAAGUUUUCUAAGUAAAUGUUUGCCAUGCAGGUGAUUACAGGAAAAUGUGCUCUGUUAAGCAGGCCAAUAUUAAAGGUUUUUUGAUUACCAACCUGAUACCAGUAUUUGGUAGUAGCAGUUUGUUGAUUUCUCGUUUUGAUUUUUAUUAUUAUUAUUAUUAUUUUAUUGUACUUCUUAUUUCAUGUGGUACUUUUUUCUGAAUUAGUUUUAUACAAGACAAUCCUAGAAACUAAAUAAUGAUUUAUAAUCAGUGUUAGGUAUUCAUCAAAGGUCCAUACAAGAUGACUCUAAAUCAGCUGCAAAAUGAGUUUUCCUAUGGAUCGUUUUCACAUGACAUCAUCAUUUUCCAAAAUCCAAAACUAAAGAGCCACCCAAGUUUUUAUCCUCAUCAGGUAUAACGCGAUAAAUUUACAUCUGUGUACAAUUUUACAGCUCAAUAGCUUGCUUUGUUUGGAAACCAGCGUAUUUUGAAUUUCAGAAUUCUGGCAGUGGCUGACACUGAGCUGGAUUGCAUUUGUCAAAAAAUAUAUCCUUAUCUCAUGAUUUUUAGCCUUUUUAGAAAUUAGAGCACUAGGAAAAAGUGCUUAUGUAAAUGCUUGGUUGGUCAAUACAGACAAUCAGUCGCCUACAUAGCUGAAGUAAGUGCCAGAUGUUUGCAUUUCCUUACAGGGCUCUGUAAAUUUCUGCUAAACAUUUCAACAAAUAUCUGAAGUUUGGGAAAUGCACAGGCUUAAAACUUAUGGAAGCCGCUUCUUUCUUAACUUAAUCCACAGAAUGGUUUUUGAUCUAUCUUUGACAUUGCAUGUCAGUGGAAAUGAUCUGUAGAAAGCUUUGUCACUUUGACUUCUGACUGCUAAUGAUUUUUGCUCUACGUAGGAAAUUAUAUAUCCUUUCAUUCUUCAUUAAUUUUCUUACUUUGGUUCUGACUUUUAUCCCAUACCAUAUUGAGGGACUACCCAGAAUAUGAGGCAUAUAAACAUGGAGUUUUAUGAACUUCAUACACAGCUUGUUUUAGUUUGUAAAACUUUCCAUAGAGAAGCACAAGUUUAUUCUGGAACCUCAAGUGAUGUGCACAAAUUACAGUGACGCAGGGAAAGCACAUCCCAUGUUUUUUAAAAAAAAUGGGUCAGCUACCUUUUCAGUGUGCCUUCUCCCCCAAGCAAGCAUGGGUAUAGCACUACCUUAUAAAAUUAUAUGUAAUUUUGUCACCACUUGAAAGCAAUACUUCAUUAUUAUGUAUAAUUUAUACAAAGUAAGAAUCAUCAAUAUUAUAUGUUUGCUAGCUUAAAGCAAUAUUUUAUCAACAAGUUACAUGUAGAUGUGACAUGUAGAUUCCGUUAUAGCAAUUAGAGAGAGAUGAAUUGUACAAGAAUGUGAUGUAAUGUAAAUAAAUGUUAUUUUGUUUAUUGAUAA